AUUUGUGUGCGUCACACUGCGCAUGUGAGAUUGAAAAGCCUGAGCGGUUUCCAUGCUGGAAUAAACUGCAGAAGUGGACGUGUCGUUAUUUGCUUCUCCUCUCACAAACCGUAUAUAUUGAAGGAGCAUAUAAAAUAGUCAAGCAUAAAAAUGGGUGACAUUAAACUUCCAAAGCACAUGUUCCUUUGGAGCAUGUCUGUCAUUUAUAUGUUUGCAUUUGCGUCUCUUUAUGCACAGAUACCAGGUCUCUAUGGGAGCGAUGGGAUCCUGCCUGCCCGGCGGAUGCUGCGGUACACAGGGAAGCCUCUCCUGGAGCAGCUGCAGGACUCCCCUACCCUGCUCUGGCUGGGUCCUCAGCUAGGCCUGGACACCCAACAGGGGAUGGAGUUAAUCUGCCUGCUGGGGACAUUGAUAGCUUUUGGUGCAAUGGUGUGGGAACCUCUGAGAGAUGCACUAAUAUUCCUCUUCCUCUGGGUACUCUACCUUUCACUCUACCAGGUUGGCCAGGUCUUCCUCUACUUUCAGUGGGACAGUCUGCUGCUGGAGACAGGCUUCCUCACUGUCCUGGUAGCUCCCUUCAACCUCUUCAAAUGGAAGUCGACUGUGUCCAAGCGCCACGAUGGCAUCACCUUCUGGCUGAUCCGCUGGCUCUUUUUCCGGCUCAUGUUUGCUUCCGGAGUGGUUAAGCUGACAAGUCGCUGCCCAACAUGGUGGGGCCUCACAGCUUUGACUUACCAUUAUGAAACCCAGUGCAUCCCUACACCUGUCUCCUGGUUUGCCCAUCAGCUUCCAGUCUGGUUUCAGAAGCUCAGUGUUGUCGGUACCUAUGCCAUUGAGAUCGCCAUCCCUUUCAUGUUUUUUGCACCCAUCAGACGUAUGCGAAUAGUCUCCUUUUACCUGCAGGCCUUGCUUCAGGUUUUAAUCAUUCUGACUGGAAACUAUAACUUCUUUAACCUCCUGACCAUUGUGCUGAGCCUCUCCUUGCUUGAUGAUGAGCACGUGUACUUCUUCCUGGGCCACAGGAAACAAAACAAAUCUAGAUCCUGGACUCAGACACUGAUAAAAUGGGGCACAGCUCUUGCAGAACUAGCAUCCUAUUGCUUAAUUGUUUACUGGACUGUGGUGUAUUUUGAACUUGAAAUCAACUGGGAAAAGAAAAGCAUAUCAUCAAAACCAGCCUUCACAUAUCAUGAGUUUAACCAAUGGCUGAAGGCGGUUACGAUUCCUAGUAUUUGGAUUGGAGUUCUGUCUCUGACCUGGGAAAUAACCACGGCCAUGUUCAAAUGUGCCAGUGUGCGGGGAUUCUUUUGGAAGCUGUGGGCCACUAUCCAGUGGGCGAUAUUCGCCACUGCAGCCGCUUGCAUGUUUGCUGUCAGCCUGGUCCCUUAUACCUACAUUGAAAAUGACUCCAACAGCAAAAUUUGGCCAGGCGUGAGGACAAUGUAUGACAGCGUUGACCGCUUCCAGCUUGUAAACUCCUAUGGGCUUUUCAGAAGAAUGACAGGAGUUGGAGGUCGUCCGGAGGUGGUAGUGGAGGGCAGUUACGAUAAGGAAACCUGGACAGAAAUAGAGUUCAUGUAUAAGCCUGGGAAUGUAAGCGCUGCCCCCCCGGUAGUUGCCCCACACCAGCCUCGACUCGACUGGCAGAUGUGGUUUGCAGCGCUAGGCCCCCAUGCUCAAAGCCCCUGGUUCACUGGACUAGUCCAGCGACUGCUUCAGGGGAAGAAGGAUGUUAUUGACUUGGUGCAAGUGGAUGAGUCUCAAUACCCCUUCAAAUCACAUCCUCCAACUUUCAUCCGAGCCCGCCUUUACAAGUACUGGUUCACCAAGGUCAAUGAGGAUGGUUCAGUGCCUCAGAAGUGGUGGAGGAGACAGUUUUCUGAAGAGUUUUACCCCACUGUGUUUCUUGGUGAUCCCAACUUGGAUUCCCUGCUCAGUCAUUUUGGACUUAAGGACAAAGGACAGCCAAAGCGCAACGCUGAUACGUUUUUGCCGGUUACUCUGAGAGCCGUUCGUGAAUAUGCCCGACCACUCCCUGCCCCCCUGAUUCUGUGGUCCCUCUUCUUUACCGGGGCUGCAAUCUGUCUCCUCAAAGUGCUUUUCAGUGGGUCUCGUAGCAGCAGCAGCAAAAACAAGGAAAAGGAGGCUGUAGCUGCUGUGGAGAAGAAUGACCAAGCUGUGAAAAAAGAGGAAAAGGAGAAAACAAAACGCACAGAAAAUUCUGCCGAUUGUGACAAAUAUGCUAAGAAAAGGAAAUGAUGUGGCUUCCUUGGGUAUUUUUAACAUGGUGUUUUCUGGUUAAUGUGUUUUUUGUCCUUUAUCCAAAACUCUAAUCUUUUCUAUUAUUGCAAUUGGGGGAGGGGGAGGAAUAAAAGAGAACUGGCAAGUGCCAAUAAAUGUUACAAAGAAUGCAUUUAUUUACUACCAGAAGUCAGGUAGUACAAACAUACAUUGACACUAUUUGGGAGAUGAAUUCAGAGGCAUCGUGUUAAUCUACAUCCUGUGGAUAGCAGAAGGAAAAUGUCAUAGUUUGCUGCCUUAAUUUGUGUUUUUAAUGUGUAAAAUAAUACUCCCUUCACUUUUGGUUGUCAUUAUUUAGAAUAAAGAUUUGGCUACCAAAGUCUACAGUUUACCCAGACAGACAGUACUGAACCAUGUUUUUUUGUUUUUGAACAACAUAAAUCUCCCUCCAUAUUUAUAUUCAGUUAUUGCCGCCUUUUUAAUAUGUGGCAACUUUUCUAAAUUAUUGUUCCAGGCUUUUACUGUUUUAUAUGCAGUGUUUAAAAAACAGCAAGUGACCAGCUAAUGUAGGUUUUGCACACACACAAAUGUAUAAUUGCAUAAGUUAAUAAAGUUUUGGAACUAAAAAUAAGUAUUUUAAGUUAAUAUAAAUGCAAAGCAGCUUUAUAUUUUUAUACUCAAGUUUUGAAAAUUAAACCCCAAAGUGAACAUUUGAAACUAUGGGACGUCUCGCUGAUUUAAUGUUGGUUGAGGUUUAAAUGUUUAGAUUUCCAUGUAUAUGUAAAGAAUAUAUUUAAUUAUGAUUUUAGAUCAUUGUUUCUUAUAGAGUUGAUUUGUACUAUACCAAAGCACAAUCACCUACCAGAACCUAGCCAAAAAAUGCCUUUUAUACAUUCUUUAGGCUUUUUGUGCAGCCUUGAGUUAAUGCCUUAUUUCUAUCUGUAAAUAAAUGUUCAUCAAAAUCUAAGAAUAUAAGUUCCCAAUCACCUCUAGGUAUUGCAAUAUGGUAUAUAACUUGUGAACCAGGUUUGGGUGAUUUUAGCUGGCAGUGUCAAUGUUACUUUAACAGUAAGACUUUUAUUGUAUACAAUUGUACCUAAAUGAUUACAUAGUUUUAUCUUUUAUUCAAGUAUAUAUACAGUAGCUACAAAUGCCAUUAAAUAUAUAUGAAUUAGAGGACAGUAGUUAUACAAUAUAGAACAUUCUCAAUAUUAUCACCACAUGAUUGCCAGCAUCAUUACAAAGUAAAGGGGGGUAGUGGGGCUUAUUCAAAUGGAAUUUGUGCAGUACUUGUAUGCCCUUUUAAUGCUUUGUGAAGGGGCUCUUGGAUGCUGUAAUAUUUUGCAUUCUCUUUUAAAGCCUCGGGCUAAUAAUUCAGAUAACACUGUUAUAAAGGGGGGGGAAAAAUGUGUAACCACUACCAACUGUGCAUUUUAUUUGGGAGGUCACAUUGGGUGUAUAUGGAGCUGUAAGGCUGUAUAUAAAUAAUAAUUUAAAAAAGUAACAAUUAGUCAAGUUUACAAUCAUAACAAGACUUGAGCCGUUCCUUGCUGAAUGAUAGCUUGGGAUUGUUCGGUUAGACAGUAGCGAUAUCUUUAGCCUCUAAAUGAAAGCAUGUAUUCUAAUGGUUUCAGAAGUCGGUCCACAAAGUUGUAUUCUGUUGGCUUUGUUUCCUUUUUGUUUUCAAACAUGUUGAAUAUAUUAAGUUUCCUUCACUUUAUGAUAAGCUUCUACGGGAACACAGUUUGAUUACAAUCAGUGGUCAGGCUGCUGCUGACUACAUCAAAAUAAUUUGGACAUUUUGCCCCCAAAUAUUGGAAGCAUUUUAAAUAGUUUGUUUAGCACUAAUCCUUGGUUUAGACCUAAACAGAGUCUGAAUCCAGUCAUGCAUUGCAGGGUUCAGAAUGUGUCUUAUUACCAGCAUCAAAGAAAUUCAAUAUGAGCUGCAGACAAAGCCCUGUGCAUACCAGUUUAUGAGAACAUUUGCAUAUGUGUGUGCCCUCCACAUUGUACACAUGUGUAAACACCAGAACCAAGAAACUGAAAACAGCAUUUUAAAGCUGUGUAUUUCUAAUAAAACUUCUACUGUAAAACAUA